CGAUAAACAUGAGACUUUAGUUGUUACAACUCCCCCCAUUGGUGAAAUGUAUGUCAUGUGAUUACGUCAAGCCAAUCAGUGACUGUCUUUUCACGGCGUAAGGUUUACCCGGUGUUCUCACUUCAAACAUCCUGCCAUCAUGGCUGAGAUACUGCAUGUUCUCUAUGAACAUGCCUGCGGCUACACCUUGUUUCAUGUUGCAGAGUUUGAAGAAAUGUCUAUGCUACUGCCACAAGUGGAAGCAGCUGUGCAUGAUUUGGGCAAGUUUAACGCCAUUGUCAAAUUUGUAGCUUUUUCUCCUUUCAAAAGUGGCACCAAUGCCCUAGACAACAUAAAUAGUUUAUCAGAAGGUAUUCUUCAUGAGAAUCUUCGGGUUUUCAUCGAAAGCAAUGUUCCAAUGUCCAAGAAAAAGGUGAAAUCGCUUCUUGGGGUGGGCGAUUCCAAGUUAGGGUCUGCCAUUUCUGAAGAAAACAGUUUGAAUAUUUCUUGUGUCCACACUGGAGCCAUUCCAGAAAUAAUCAGAGGUAUCCGAGUCCACUUCCACAAAAUGGUGCAGGGGAUGACAUCUGUGACCCAGAACAAGGCCCAGUUGGGCCUUGGUCAUGCCUAUUCUCGUGCCAAGGUGAAGUUCAACAUCAACCGAGUUGAUAACAUGAUUAUUCAGAGUAUUGCACUGUUAGAUCAAUUGGACAAAGACAUCAAUGCAUUCAGCAUGAGGAUCAGAGAGUGGUAUUCCUACCAUUUUCCAGAACUUUACAAAAUAGUCCCAGAACAAGCGCUGUACGCUAAACUAGUGAAAAUCAUCAAGUCACGGAAAACGAUUACAGAAGAAACUAUAGAUGUUAUGGAAGAGAUUCUUAAUGACAGAAGUAAAGCUCAGUCUGUUUAUGAAGCAUCAAAGUCUUCAAUGGGUAUGGAUAUAUCAGUCAUAGACUUACUAAACAUUGAGAUGUUUGCUAAACGUGUGGUUGACCUCAUUGAAUAUCGAGCUAAUCUUGUGGAAUAUCUACAAAAGAAAAUGUCUCAAGUUGCACCAAAUCUCACAGCAUUAAUCGGAGAAACGGUUGGUGCUCGACUUAUUUCUCAUGCUGGAAGUUUGACAAAUCUUGCCAAAUGUCCGGCAUCAACUUUACAGAUUCUUGGAGCUGAGAAGGCACUCUUCAGAGCUUUGAAGGUUCGAGGGAACACACCAAAAUAUGGUCUAAUAUUUCACUCCACAUUCAUCGGGCGUGCUGGCGCCCAAAACAAGGGCAGGAUAUCUCGGUUUUUGGCCAACAAAUGUUCUCUGGCCACCAGGGUUGAUUGUUUUGCAGAUUUCCCAAAUUCUGUGAUUGGUGUACAUCUCCGGCAGCAAGUAGAAGACAGGCUCUUGUAUUUUGAAACAGGUUCCACGCCAAAGAAGAACAUUGAUAUCAUGAGACUGGCACUGGCUGAGGUUGCCAAUCUUUAUGUCAAGCACCAGAAGAAGGAAAAGAAAAAGAAGAAAAAGUCUCUGUCAAUUGUAGAACUGCCAGACAAUGCUAUGGUCAAUGGCGACACUGUGGUGGGCGUUCCUGUUGAUGAGAGCGGCGGCGGGGAUAAGUUGGUUUCUUCAAAGAAAAAGAGGAAGUUGGCAGAUGAAGAAGAAGCUGAGGCUGAUGUGACAGAGAAGAGCAAGAAGAAGAAGAAAAAGAAGCAUGAUGAAAGUGUGGUGGAGGAGGUGGAAACGGUUAAUGGUGGCGGUGAUGAGGUGGAGACUCCGUCAAAGAAAAAGAAAAAGAAAAAGAAAUCUGGUGAUGAGGAAGAGGAGGUGGAGAAGGAAGAGGUAGUAGUUGUAAAUACAGAAACUCCAUCUUCAAAGAAGAAGAAGAAGAAAAAGAAGGCUGAAGAUGAAGAGGAAGCAGAGGUUGUAAAUACGGAAACUCCUGUGUUGAAAAAGAAGAAGAAGAAGAAGAAAUCUGGUGAUGACGAUGAAGCAGAGGAGGAGCAAGUUGUAAAUACGCAGUCUUCAUCAAAGAAGAAGAAGAAAAAGAAGUUGGGUGCUGAAGGGGAAGAUGGGGAAUCAACGACUCCGCUGAAGGGGAAGAAAAAGAAAGAAUCUGAUGAUGUGGAUGUUACAGAAAAUACAGAGACUCCGUCAAAAAAGAAAAGUAAAAAGAAGAAAUCUUCAAAAGUGAAAGAUGAAGAAGACUGAAUGAAUGAGAGGAUUUGCAUGAGUGUGUGUAAGUGUAUGGCUGUGUUAUCAAAGACGGAUGCUACUGAUAGGUAGCAUCUGUGGCGGACCAUUUUAAAUUAUGUUAUUUUUUAAUGUGUAUUUCCAAUACUUUGGUUAUUGGAUAACAAAAAAGAGAAGAAAAAAUAAAGGUUUAAAUUUUAU